AUGUUAAUUGAUGAUCUACCUUGUGAUAUAUUAUAUCAUUUCUGUAAAUAUUUAUCUUUCAUUGAUAUUAUAAAUACAUCACAAACAUGCAAACGAUUAUAUAUAUUAAUUGAAAAAGAUGAUUACUUUUGGAUGUUAUUGAUUAAAAAUAAUUUUGGACCAAAAUUGUAUCAACGUUAUGUUUAUGAAAUAUUUCAAAACAGAAAAAACUCAGAUUAUGCUUUAUAUCAUACGGAAAAAGAUAAACGAAAAUUUGAAAAACGUCUUCGAAAACAUGAACCAAAAAAUGUGUGUAAUUUUUGGUUAUUGAAUAUGUUAGAUUGUAAAGAUAAUAGUGAUGGCUAUAUAGCUUACAAUAGCAUAGUUAAACAAAAAUCACAUCCACGUACAAAUGAUAUAAAUAUGUCUUUAACUAUCGAAGAAUUUAUUGAAUAUUAUUUGAAUAAAACAAAAACUUUAACUAAAAAAGAUCUUUCUCAAAUAUCAUUAUAUAAAUUAAUUUAUUUUUAUUUAAUUGAAUCUAAACGUUUAUUAGGUGUGGAUAUGUUUGGAAUUUAUAUACGUUGUUCAAAAGAUCAUUUUAGUUGCACUAAUUCAAUAACUGAAAAUCAAGAAUAUGAUUCAAGUAGUUCAACAGGUCGAUGUGUUCGUUUAUAUUCAGAUUUUACAUGCUAUCAGGCUGGUAUAAAAGGUAAAUUCAAAUCAAUAUUACCUGGAGUCUAUGAAAUUAUCUGUCGUAUUAAACUCGAUAAGAAUGAUGAAUAUUUAGCAUAUUUUAAUCAAGAAUGUUGUAAAGAUGAUUCCGUUAAAGAAUUAAUGGGAUGUUAUUUUUAUGCAUUAGCUGAUCAUGGUCUCGAUUGCGAACGUAAUCAUGAAACAUUGAAUUAUGAUUGGUUUGAAUCAAACUAUAUAUUACAUGGGAACACGAAUUGGUUUAAUGAAACAAUGGGUAAAAUUAAAAUAUUUGAGUUAUCGGACAUUUAUUUUGGAUUUACAAUAAAACGAGAAUAUCGUUAUCGUAAUAUUUUAUUCGAUUAUAUAGAAUUAAAUAUUGUUGAUUAA